CCAUUCAGUUCCCAAGAUGAAUUUAAUUUUGCUGUUGAUUGGCUUGAGCUGCGGCAUCUGCUCCAUUUACGCACUGAAAUGCAGAUCCCAGGAAGGAUUAGGUGAAGCGGAGCUCAAGCGAACUGUGCGCAGCUGCAUGCAUCGCCAGGACGACGACGAGGAUCGAGGACGCGGUGGACAGGGUCGGCAGGGCAAGGGGUAUGAGUACGGUUACGGAAUGGAUCAGGAUGAGGAGCAGGACAGGAAUCCAGGCAGCAGGGGCGGCUAUGGCAAUCGCAGGCAACGGGGACUGAGGCAAUCGGAUGGAAGGAACCACACCAGCAGCGAUGGAGGUCAGUGUGUGGCGCAGUGCUUUUUCGAGCAGAUGAAUAUGGUGGAUGGCAAUGGGAUGCCCGAUCGGCGCAAGGUGAGCUAUAUGCUGACCAAGGACCUUCGGGAUCGGGAGCUGCGCAACUUCUACACGGACACCGUGCAGCAGUGCUUCCGGUAUCUGGAGAGCAACGGAAGGGGUCGGCACCACAAGUGCGCGGUGGCCCGGGAACUGGUCAAGUGCAUGUCGGAGUACGCGAAGGCGCAGUGCGAGGAUUGGGAGGAGCACGGCAACAUGCUCUUCAACUAGGAGUAAACUUACCCCACUUUUUAGGUCCUCGCAGCGGUCCAGGAAGCGCUCGUGGUUGUCCCGGAUCCCGCCAUCGGUGUUCUCCUCCAGCUGAUAGAAGACGCACUCCAGUUGCUGCUGCUUCUGGGCAUGCAUCUCCUUGAACGCGGCGGAGUCCUGCUCCCACUGGCUCAGCACCGCCUGCUUGUCGUCCUCGUAGAUCGUCCGGAAGAACUCGAUGCGAUCUCUGUGGGUAUCUGGGUUGGAAAUAAGUAAUUUUUCGAAUUAUUCUUACGGCUUAUAAUACACGUACGUAAAAAUACUCUAAUAA